AUGCGCAAAUGUGCACGAAGAACGUCCUUCGAUUUUGCCUUCGUGUGUCAAAGGCGAUGCCUUCUCGUCCCAGCCGCGCUCGCCCAGGACACGCACAGCGUUUUCGUGUACGGAACACUGAAGAUUGGCGAGUCGCACCACUUCUUCCUGGAGGACCCUGAAAACGGAAGGGCGACCCUGCUCGGAAAUGCCGAAACUAUCGACGAGUGGCCCCUCGUCGUUGUGCCAUCUUCCGGCAUACCGUACCUGAUUCCCGCAAAGGGCGAAGGAUACAGAGUAAUGGGCGAAGUCUACACGGUUGACGACGACAUGUUGGCAAAGUUGGACGAGAUCGAAUCUGUCCCCGACCGUUACUACCGCGAGGAGUUGGAUGUUCAGCUGCUAGAUCAACCUGACGACAGCGAGGGGCCCUUCAAGGCGUGGAACUACUUUGCGACGCACUAUGAAGAAAUGCUGCAGUUGCCUUACAUAUCCAACUUUACGACGAAUUGAGGCCUUGCGAGUUCAGAAUAUGUGCUGCGAUGUGACACGUGUAUGGAUGUUUCCGGGUGGUUCUUUAGCGCCGUAGUAAUGACUCUGCAGGAGAAAGGAUGUUUUCGUUUUUUCUUGUGGCAAUAGAAA